AUGCAACAGUUGGGAGGGGAGGAGAGUCUGGUCCCUCAGCCUCGUGGGAGUCUACACAAAGCCGGUGCGAUAGGAUUGGCUACCGUGGUGAUGACGGCCAUCUUGGUUUUGGAGCCUGAGAGCUUCUUCAGACACGUUGCAGCAGCGAUACUCAUCCUGACUGUGGGGCCCUCGCUGCAUGGAGUGUUUCUUCUCUUAGAGGAAUGUCUUCAUCAUGCAACUACCCGGUACCGUGGUGGGAGGCUGGGUCAGAUGGUGACAGCCUGUGUGGGUGUGUAUACUCUCCUGGGUGUGGGGUUGGCAGUGCUGCUGUUGGGCCUGACCGAGCCACAGCCCUGGAGAGACCAGUGGAGCAUGGUGAUCUUGGCCUUUGGCCUCUACCCUCUACUCAAAACCCUGGGAGUACUGGGUCCGUCUGAAGUGGAAGUGUCAGAGAUUUGUGAGGAGAGGAAGAUGAACGUGGCUCAUGGCCUGGCUUGGUCUUUCCACCUGGGCUACCUCAACCUGGUGUUGCCUCGGUUGGAGGGUUCUAUAGCAGAAUUCCGUGCCUUACACACGGCAGGUCCGUUUGAGACCAGGGGUUCCAGAAAGCUCCUAAUCCUCCUCCCUCUCAACGCCAACAUCGCUCACAAGCUGGAGGAUGAAGACACCAACAUCCGUUUCUAUGACAACCUCCCUAACACAGAGAUCGACAGAGCAGGGGUCAGGGGGCGUGUCUACAAGCACAGGUAG